AGGUCUUACAGUUACACUUUGCCCGUUUGCUGCAUCAAAGCCGUGCGUUGCACGUGCGAGCUUUUACCAGGUCACGUGUGUACCGAAGUGCAUCGACAAAAGAUUCAUCAAGAGGAGAGGCUGUGUUCCCCAUUGUAACAAUGUCGUCGAUCGAUGUGUCAGUCAGUCCACAAUGCCCGAUAUCAGGACCGAACCUUGCUCAAAGUUGUCCGGGAUCACAAUAUUUGGUAUUUAUGACGUUAUUGGAUAUGCUUAUACAAUCCCAGGAGAAGGUGUCUCAAACAUGCGAGCGUGUAAAGUCAAAAAUUCCACCUGAGUACCAAUACGAUUUCAUCGUCGUCGGCGGAGGAUCAGCCGGUGCCGUGGUGGCGUCUAGACUGAGCGACAUACCCGAAUGGAAAGUUUUGUUGCUAGAAGCCGGCCCGGACGAACCAUCGGGUGCUCAGGUUCCCAGUAUGAUGGGAAUGUUUCUGGGAACUGACAUUGACUGGCAGUAUCAAACCACGAACGAGAUGAACGGUUGUCUGUUAAAUGGCGGAUCCUGCAGUUGGCCGCGUGGUAAAAAUUUAGGUGGGACGUCCGUUCACAAUGGUAUGAUGUAUAUGCGAGGCCAUGCGAAAGAUUUUGACAAUUGGGCAGCUAUGGGCAAUCACGGAUGGAGUUGGCGCGAUGUAUUGCCAUACUUCAUGUGCUCCGAGAACAACACGGAGAUCCAUCGAGUUGGUGGCAAGUAUCAUUCGACCGGUGGUCCGUUAACCAUCGAACGGUUUCCGUGGAAGCCUGCAAUCGCAGAUGACAUCCUCGCCGCGGCAGCUGAAAGAGGAUACCCGAUUAGCGAGGACUUGAAUGGUGACCAAUUUACAGGAUUCACUGUGGCUCAAACCACAAGUAAGAACGGUGUCCGAGUGAGUAGCGCUUCAGCGUUCUUACGACCGGUACGGCAUCGACGCAAUUUGCACGUCUCUCUAAACGCCACUGUCACGAAGAUUUUGAUAGAAAAUCACAUGGCCGUCGGAGUACAAUUUUAUCAAGAUGGUGAACUUCGAGUUGCCCGCGCCACAAAGGAGGUAAUCGCCUCCAGUGGUGCCGUAAAUUCGCCUCAACUGUUGCUACUCUCCGGAAUCGGGCCGAAGGAACAUCUGCAGGCGAUGAACGUCAUAGUCGUCAAGGAUCUUCCAGGUGUCGGGGAGAACCUGCAUAAUCACGUAUCGUACACUUUAUCAUGGACCAUCAAUCAAACGAAUACGUUCGACCUGAACUGGUUGACUGCUGUAGAAUAUCUCGCUUUCCAAAAAGGACCGAUGUCGUCGACUGGUUUAUCGCAAUUGACCGGGAUUUUAUCAUCGACCUCCACGACUAACAAUCAUCCUGAUAUUCAACUCUUUUUCGGUGGCUAUCAGGCAGCCUGUGCAAUGACCUGUGAUGCAAGUGCCACUGUGGACAGUAAUAUUGGUCGCAGAAUCAGCAUAUCGCCGACAGUGACACAGCCGCGUAGUAAGGGGAGACUACGUCUCGCCAGUAACAACCCCCUCGAGAAACCAGUCAUUUGGGGCAACUAUCUGAGCGAUCCUAUGGAUGUGAAGAACCUCGUGGAAGGUAUCGAGAUUGCGUUGUCUCUCGUCAAUACCAGUGCUAUGGCCAAGUAUAAUAUGGUUUUGAGUAACCAAUCGUUGCCUAAAUGCUCCCAGUAUCCUUAUCUGAGUCAACAAUAUUGGGCCUGCGCCGUGCAGCAAGAUACCGGCCCGGAAAACCAUCAAGCGGGUUCCUGCAAGAUGGGUCCACUUAAUGAUCCCAUGGCCGUAGUCGACAAUCGAUUGAAGGUACAUGGCAUCAGGAACCUUCGGGUGGCCGACACGUCCAUUAUGCCACAGGUAACGUCCAGCAACACAGCAGCCCCGGCCAUGAUGAUCGGCGAAAGGGCUGCAGCGUUCAUCAAGUCCGAUUGGGGUGUUGCUAAUAUACAAUGGUACUGGAAAGAAUCUUGCCCCAUAAGGAAAACCGAUCAACAUUGGAUACAUCAUUAGUCACCAGCAAUUUACCAUGUUUCCUAGUUCACGCACGACGAUCGACAAUACGCUGGACCUGUUACUUUGGGGGCUCAAGUACAUCGACUGGGAUCAGGCUAUAUGGUAGCCCGGGCGUUCCACGAUCUAUCUAGUCGCUUAUUGCAUCCAUCAAUACGUAUUCCGCAGCCUAAAAAAGUCGGCGAGAACGCGACCAAAGGCAAGGACUUUCCGGAAGAUUCCCAUAGGCUGCGAUUUCCUUUCUCUUCGGUAUGGUCGAGCGAUCGAGCUGGACUUGCAUCCUGCUCGAUAGCUCGAGCGCUAUGUCAAAACUCAAAAUUAUGUUGCAACGUGCAAUUAUUGUAGCUAACACAGUGAGUCGUACGACUGAUGACAGUCGUCGUUUCGCUGUACCGCCAUGUCUUAAUUUCCAGUUAGGAAUUUCCUAAGAUUGUGUCUCAUAGCAUCGCAGUUAGUCGAGAGAUCCGCCAUCAAUCAAUUAGCUGCGACACAACGAGCAUAAAUCUUCGUAUAAUUUCCGAAUAGUGUUACUAUUAUAAUAUUAUUAAUUCCUUAAACAAGCUACAAUUUCCUGUUGUUUUUAGUUACUGUGUAUGCAUCAAAAGAAGUUUAGAAUUACGAAGAAGUUUAGAUAUAUAUAUUAAAAUACUAAUAAUCUUUUCAUAUUACGUACAUAGCUUUCAAUAUGUAGUUGUAAUAGCAUGUAAUAGAUACUAUCAUGGAUGUCCUAUCGAAAUGAUAACCAAAGACAGAUUCUGGUACCUGGUACACCAAUCACCAAAAAACAUAGUAAUUAAUUGUUAACAAAAAAAUAUGUAAAAAAAAAACGAAAUGGAUUAUAAAUAUGGAUAGUUCGGUCACUCUCGAAUCAUCCGAGUGUAAAUCAAAAUAUUGUAAAUAAACAAGAUUGCAUAAUA